UCUAUGGAAUAGGUGAGAGUGAGAUGGAGAAAGGCUUUGUUUGCUUCUGAGACACUGUAACACCAGCUGAACCAGCCUUUACCAGACAGCUCCUAGUGGAAGGGGCCCUCAUCCUUGCCACCAUGGAAAUACCAGUGGCGCCAAGUCAAGGACUUAGCUCUGCACCAGAUGAAAUCCAGCACCCACAUAUGAAAUUUUCUGAAUGGAAAUUCAAGCUCUUCAAAGUGAGAUCCUUUGUGAGGCCUUCUCCUGGAGAAGAUCAAGGGCCAAAUAGAAAUGCAAUGGAAGGCCAGGCCUCUCUGGAGAAAACUCCAGAGGUUGUAGGCAGCGCCAACAUUCCAGCACCAGAAAAGCCAGCCCAGGUCCAACCAACAUGCACAGCCCAUGCCAAGUCUUUAGAGAAGCCUGCUGAUGUUGGAAAAGCCCGGGAGAAGGCAAUUCACCAGGCCAGCCUCCGGCAGCUUUGCCGCAUCUGUGGUGUUUCCUUUAGAGCUGAUGGGCAGAAUAGGAGACACCCUGUCCAUGGUCCAGUGGACAGUAAAACUCAGGGUCUCCUCCGAAAGAAGGAAAAGAAAGCCACUUCUUGGCCAGACUUGAUUGCGAAGGUUUUUAAAAUUGAUGUGAAAGGGGAUAUUGACUCCAUCCACCCCACCCAGUUUUGCCACAACUGUUGGAGCAUUAUGUAUGGGAGAUUCAGCAAUGCUCCACGUGAGGUAUAUUUCCCAAGGAAAGCUGCCACAGAGUGGCACCCGCACACGCCAUGCUGUGACAUCUGCCGGACAGCCCGCCGGGGACUCAAGAGGAAAGGCCGUCAGACCAACCCAUCCCUCAGCAAAAAGCUCAAGGCUGUGGCCAACAGGGCUCAAAGGGCCCAUCCCCCCAAAAGUCAAACCCAGCUUCGAAAUAGCAAAGAUAUGAUGAAGAAGAACACCAACUGCAGCCAGAUGCACCUGAGCACUGAGCUGCUCGCCGUGGACUACCCUGUGGACUUUGUGAAGGCCAUCUCAUGCCAGAUUUGUGGGCACAUUUUGACUGACCCAGUGGAAACCCCCUGCAAGCAUUUAUUCUGCAGAACCUGUAUUUUGAGGUGCCUCAAGGUCAUGGGCAGCUACUGCCCUUCUUGUCAAUAUCCCUGCUUCCCUACAGAUGUCGAAAGCCCAGUGAGGUCCUUUGUGAACAUCCUCAAUUCCCUGGUGGUGAGAUGCCCCGUGAAAGACUGUGACAAGGAGGUCAGCCUUGAAAAAUACAACCAGCACAUCUCCAGCCACAAGGAACCGAAAGAGUCCUACGUGUACAUUAAUAAAGGCGGCCGGCCCCGGCAGCAUCUCCUGUCCCUGACCAGAAGGGCUCAGAAACACCGGCUAAGAGAACUGAAGCUGCAGGUCAAGGCUUUUGCAGACAAAGAAGAAGGAGGUGAUUUGAAGUCAGUGUGCCUGACUUUGUUCCUGCUGGUACUGAGAGCGAGAAAUGAGCAUCGACAAGCAGACGAGCUUGAGGCCAUUAUGCAGGGUAGAGGGUCGGGCCUCCAGGCAGCUGUGUGCUUGGCCAUCCGGGUCAACACUUUUCUGAGCUGUAGCCAGUACCACAAGAUGUAUCGGACUGUCAAAGCCAUCACUGGGAGGCAGAUCUUCCAACCUCUGCAUGCCCUCCGGAAUGCAGAGAAGACUCUUCUGCCUGGAUACCACCCAUUUGAGUGGAAGCCCCCUCUGAAGAAUGUCUCUGCUCGCACAGACAUAGGCAUCAUUGAUGGGCUUUCUGGGUGGUCUGUGUCCGUGGAUGACUACCCAGUUGACACCAUUGCAAAGAGGUUCCGUUACGAUGCAGCACUGGUGUCUGCCUUGAUGGACAUGGAAGAAAACAUCUUAGAAGGCAUGAAAUCCCAAGACUUGGGUGACUAUCUGAGUGGCCCUUUCACUGUGGUGGUGAAGGAGUCCUGUGAUGGGAUGGGAGAUGUGAGUGAGAAACAUGGGAGUGGACCAGCUGUGCCUGAGAAGGCUGUUCGUUUUUCGUUCACUAUCAUGAAUAUUAGCAUCACUCAGGGUCAGGAGAGCGUGAGGAUCUUUGAAGAAGCCAAGCCCAAUUCAGAGCUAUGCUGUAAGCCCUUAUGCCUCAUGCUGGCAGAUGAAUCUGACCAUGAGACCCUGACCGCCAUCCUGAGUCCCCUCAUUGCAGAGAGAGAGGCGAUGAAGAGCAGUGAAUUACUGCUGGAGAUGGGAGGCAUCCAAAGAACUUUUAAAUUCAUCUUUAGAGGAACUGGCUAUGAUGAAAAACUUGUCCGGGAAGUUGAAGGCCUGGAGGCUUCUGGCUCUGUCUACAUCUGCACCCUCUGUGAUGCCACCCGCCUGGAAGCUUCCCAAAAUCUUGUCCUUCACUCCAUAACUAGAAGCCAUGCUGAGAAUCUGGAACGUUAUGAAGUCUGGAGAUCCAACCCGUACCAGGAGUCAGCAGAAGAGCUGAGAGACAGGGUGAAAGGGGUCUCAGCAAAGCCUUUCAUUGAGACGGUCCCUUCCAUCGACGCUCUCCACUGUGACAUUGGCAAUGCAGCCGAGUUUUAUAAGCUCUUCCAGCUGGAGAUUGGGGAAGUUUAUAAGAAUCCCAACGCAUCCAAAGAGGAAAGGAAACGAUGGCAAGCUACCCUGGACAAGCACCUCCGGAAGAAAAUGAACUUGAAGCCCAUCAUGAGGAUGAAUGGCAACUUUGCCAGGAAGCUCAUGACCAAGGAGACUGUGGAAGCAGUGUGUGAGCUAAUUCACUGUGAGGAAAGACACGAGGCCUUGAGAGAGCUAAUGGACCUCUACCUCAAGAUGAAACCUGUGUGGCGCUCGACAUGUCCAGCCAAAGAGUGCCCAGAAUCACUCUGCCAGUAUAGUUUCAAUUCACAGCGUUUUGCGGAACUGCUGUCUACCAAGUUCCAGUACAGAUAUGAGGGCAAAAUCACCAAUUACUUUCACAAGACCCUGGCCCAUGUCCCUGAGAUCAUUGAGAGAGAUGGCUCCAUCGGAGCAUGGGCCAGUGAAGGGAAUGAAUCUGGUAAUAAACUCUUCCGACGUUUCCGGAAAAUGAAUGCUAGACAGUCCAAGUGUUAUGAAAUGGAAGAUGUCCUGAAACACCAUUGGUUGUACACCUCCAAAUACCUCCAGAAAUUUAUGAAUGCCCAUAAUGCCUUGAAAAAUGCUGGGCUCAUUGUCAACCCACAAGCAGGCUUUGAAGAAUCCAUAGGGCUAGAAGACUCACUGGAAAUUCUUGAUUCAAUGGAAUUCUAAAUUGGGCAAUUUCCUAAGAGUAGGUUUUUCAAACCAGUCUUCCUCUGGGUUGCCAUGGGUCUUUUCCCUCAUGUAGUAUCCUUCACUUCUAUCUGUUCUGGGGGAUCACCACCUCUGAGAAGUGGUUAGUUGUCAUGAGGGUCACAGAUGGUGUAGCAGUCUGAUGAAUGGUUGAGUGUGAGUGGAUUGAUCUGUUUGAAAGGAUAAGAGGGAAACAAUGGCUGUCAGUCUUUUGAAGGUUUGGGAACUCAGAUCCUGAGUAGGUUCAGUAACUCAGGUUCAGUUACAGGAGAUGAGAGAUCGACAUGUUUGUCUAAAUGACAUAGAUGUAAAAGCUAUAGAUGCAGAAGAGGAAUCUGUAAAACCAGGCAGGGACUUCUCAUGAUUCCCACUGGUUACAUUUUAUUUGUUGUAAUCAUUUAUGAUAAUAUCAUUGUACUAUCAUUUUUAUUAUUAUUACUAUGUGCUAUUUUUAUUUCAUUUGGUUAGUCAGUCUUCCACACAUUUACUUUAGUCAACAAAUUUCCAAAGAAUUGUUCAUUUUCACAAAAUAUCAAUUUCUUGCAUUUGCCUAGCUAAGCAGGCUCUGCCUUGUAGUCAAGAGCAUAAAGAUUCGAAUCCUGCCUCUGAUUCAUACAGUCACAGUGCCCCAGACUCUUGGUUACAAAUUAUUACCAAUCGGCAUCUGUGGAGGGAAUUUUUCCAUUAGGAGGAGUUCCCCACAUAUGAUGAAAUCACAGGCAUGGGUCACAUUUGUCUGGUGUUUUAUGCUUUUGAAAGGACUUUACCCACAUAGAGUCUUAGUGUGUUAGAGCUGGAAGGGACUUUAAAAAUCUAGUCUGCGCUUCACAUUUUACAAAAGAGGAAAAUGAGACCCACAAUGGGGAGUUGACUAUUUAAAGGCACAAGGCCGGUUGUAAAUUCAGUGACAUAUAGGUAGAAGUGCUAUAUUUUAAGACUGCCAUUGCAAAAUGUGCCUAUAUCAAUUUGAACAUUUUACAAUGAAAGUGGCACCUUUCAACCCAUGGGAAAUUCAACCCGUUUUUAACUUUACAUUGUGUCCAUAAGCUUGGAGGUUUGGAAUUCGUUUCCAGACAAAAAUUGCAAUUAAAAAACAUUGAACUAUCACAUGUCAGGGGUAGAGCUUUAUGGAAGACUUUAGUUACAAGAAUUUGGUAAAGAAUGGGCUUCUGUGAAAAUGUAGCAUUUUUGGUUGGUUUGUUGGUUUGUUUCUGUGAUUUCCCAAGGUUAGGGAAGCUUUAAAAAUGCGAGAUUGCUCCCUGGAUAUAUAUAUGUGCAGUUAAAUGCUUUGCUUUGAAUUUGACUGCCAUUUUUUUCCCCAUCAGAAACCUGGUUCAGUUCACUAAAACCAGGUUUAAUAUGGUGUUUUUCUUCCAUUGUAGACUGCUGCUUCUAUUAUCUCCUAUUCACUUUCCAUAUGAUUAAAUUUUUACUCAUAAAAUUUUACCCUAAUACUUUUUUCUUUCCUAUGUUAAGUGACUACUCAUCAAAAUCAUCAUGACCUUGCCAGCUCUUCAAUGGGCAGGAGUUAUGAGGCUCUCUUAAAAGAGCUUGCAAUUUUUGGAUUAAAAUUCUGUGGGUAAAUUUGCAAAUUUGGGACCCACCUGGUAAUGAAUGGGAAUUAAGCUGAAGAAAGAGGUCAUUAAAACCUAGAGUUCUUUUGAUUGCUUAGAAGACCAUCAUUUCUUUUUUUGUUGUUUAUUUUUUAAAAAGAACUAGAGAUAUGCAACUUUCCUGGCAAUUUGCAGUAGGCUUGGGAUUUUAUGUGUUAGCAAUUUAUAAUGAUAUGUUACUGUUAAUUAUGUUUCAUGGACAUAAUUGCCAUGGUUUUUAUACAAUAUAUCAGAGCUUUGUAAUUUACUUAUCAGCAAUGGGUCAAUGCCAUUGUCUACCACUGCCAUGUUUUUGGUGCCCUUCCAGGUCUUGGACCAGGAUGGCAUCUCUGACUUUUCAUAGGGAAGCUGUUCUCAUUGCUUUUGACCCCCAGUGUGUUAAAAGACUUUAUAUAUUUAGCUGAUGAAAGCAUAUGCAUACAUUUUACCAUCAAGAGACAGUGGUGUAUAGCCGAUAGGAGGAUAGAAAAGACAUAGGUUCUUACUACCUACGUAUGUAGCAGAGCAUGGGGGAGAUGCUUUAUCUCCCAGCACUCUGGGAAGACCUCUGAUUCUGUAAGUUCACAAAGAGUUGCUGAUCUGCAUGGGUGAAUGGAGAUUUCACACUCAGUGUUCUUCACCACAGUGAAAUUGCAGGCCCAUCCUCAUUUUUCCACAUUCCUAUUUUUUUUUAAACUUUGCAUGUAUUUUAUUGUAUGUUUUGGCGAGACAAUUG